AUGAGAGACGGCGGGCGGGGCGCCGACCAUCUAUGCUCUGAAUUCAUUGGGAGGGAAUCCUUAUGCUUCGCUCUGCCCGCGCCUGGUGAGGUCCUCCACAAUGGUCACGAGGCCUUCACACACGAGCUCUCAAAGCUCUACCGCUUAGCCGAAAACAAUGCCGCCGAACGUCUCGUAGAGCUCAAGGGAGAUCUACGGAAAGCCGAUACGGAAACGUUCUGGGAGCUUCUUACCGAGGGCCUUGCGAAGAUCACAGGCGCUCAGUAUGCAUUCGUCUCGAAGAGAAUUCUCGUCGAUGACGAGAACAUUGCAGUCGAGAUGCCGCCAAUUGGAGAGCCCGGCUCAUGUCUGAUGGGAGCCGCCUUUUACAUUGGCGACGGGAAGGAGAUUGAGCUACGGCCGCGGAAUUUCAAAUACCACGCUUACUCAUGUCCUUGCGCGUAUAUGCGACACGACAAAGUCUUCAUCAUUCCGGAACGCCUGGAUGAGUUCAUCGUCAACAACCCGAACCAGCUGGCAAUACCUGGCGAAGCCUACAUAGGUGUCCCCCUGUUUGCAGAAGGCAAAUGCGUUGGUCAUUUCGGAGUGAUGUGGUCGCCCGAAGGCGCCGCAAAUCGAUCCCUUGGCUGGGGCUAUAUCGAGAUGCUGUGUCAUGCAUUGGAGGACAUCAUCCUUGAGCGCCUCCUUGAAGGAAGAGAUUUCGCAAAGCCUGCGCCACCACCUUCAAAGCCGGUCAGGGUUGUUCCGCAUGACGCGAUUACCGUUGCGCAGUCCCUCAAACCAUAUGCGCGCAGUCUUUCUCACGAGCUACGGACGCCCAUGCAGGGUGUUGUAGGCAUGCUUGACGUCAUGUUGGCUACGGUUCAAGAAGCCGCUGAGGAGCAGCACGACUAUCGAGUCCGGCAGGUAUUCGAAACGUUAAAGGAGAACAUUGAGACGGUACAAGAUAGUUCAAGACGCGCCGUGGAGGCAGCAGACAAUGUAGUGCACGCAUACGACAUGAACAUGGGCGUCCCAGAAAAAUCUCAUUCGUCAUGCGAUGACGAAGAUGGUCUACCCGACACGGAGCCAGACAAACAACCGGAUAUUGUGGUUAGUGGAAACAACAUAACGUUUAACCAGCUCCGUGGUAGCAAGCGGAAAAGGAAAGAUACGCACUGCAACGGCGGCAACGUUGCCAAGAUCCCAGCUACUGAAUCGAUACGGACUCUCCGAAACCAGCCAUCAACCGACUCAGAGUAUGCGCCUUCGGAGGCAAGCGAAUUCAACCCUUUCAUCCCGGCACCGUUCGACUCGCAAAGCACUAUAUACGCGGCGUCGAUUGACCAAUUCCGGGCUUCUACACCGGACUCACCAUCACUGCACUCUCUGCACAACGUCGUGCCUGGCCUGCGACAUACGAACCUACAGGACGUUCUGCACUAUGUCAUUAAUGACUCACUCAAAGUCGGAGGCAGACCGCAAUCAGCCAUUGCCCGAGAAAUAAACGGCGGGGAGGUUAUUGAAGUGAGAACACAAAGCCCUAGCGGCAUUGAGAAAGUGAAGAUCAUCAAAUGGUCCGUUGGCGCCGGUGUGCCCGAAACAGUAUUGAUCGACGAGAAAGACUUCGCCAAGAUGAUUUCCUGCGUCUUCCUCAAUGCCAUCAAGUUUACCGAAGAAGGCAGUAUCCGUCUUACAGCGAGACUUAGCCCCAAGAGUCGGUACGUUGUGAUCAACGUAAGAGACACCGGCUGUGGAAUCCCUGAUGCCUUCUUGCCGAAUCUGUUCAAAGCUUUCUCCCGCGAAGAUGACUCUCUUACCAGGCAAAGCGAAGGUCUUGGUCUCGGCUUGCUGGUCGCGAAAGGUUUGGCGCGGAAGCUCGGCGGUGAUCUAUUCUGCACGCGUUCCGAAACUUCCGGUCCGAACAGAGGUACCGACUUCGAGAUACGGGUUCCCGUGACGCCUGCCGAUGUUUGCAGCAGACCUGGCUCACCGUUCAACUCGCCGGCCCCUUCUCGGAUUUCGCGGCGUUCCGCUGAUGGAGAUUUACCGCCAUCUGUUCCUGUGCUAGCUGCGUUGGAAUCGCCCCAAACACCGCCUCCAGGUUCCAGGGCUCUCCGAGAAGACUUGGCAGAUCGCCGUCGCAUGCAAUCAAUCCAUUCACCGGCACCAGCUACUCGUCUGACAGCACCAUCACUCGUGCGUCCUGGUCCAAGCGAUCGCCGCCCAAGCAUCCUGGAUGCGCGCCGGACGUCUGCUAAGAAGGUUGAAUUCGAUCGCCAGCUGGCCAAAAAGCACCCCCUUACGUUCUUAGUCGCCGAAGACAACAAAAUCAACCGGAAACUGCUCGUCAGCAUGCUGCGCAAGCUCGGCUACACGGCCGUUCAUGAAGCCUACGAUGGGGCCGACGCAGUCCGCCAGAUGACCAUGGAUCGGGUUGAUGGCAAACACAUCGACGUCGUGCUAAUGGACCUAUGGAUGCCGUACAUGGAUGGGUACGAAGCCGCCGAGCGCAUUCUGAGCAUGGAUAAGUUCAUCAACGGCAACAAAUUUAAGAAGCCGACCAUUCUUGCAGUAACCGCAGACGUCACUAAUGGAGCGCUUGAUAGAGCGGCAAAGGCUGGCAUGAAGGGGUUCAUGACCAAACCGUACAAGCUUCUUGACCUUGAGCGCCUCAUCGUUGAAUACUGCGCUCACCAAGACGCUGAAGCCGUGAGCCCGCCGUCCACCUGA